UCUUGUCUCGCAGCACUGGACCAGGCGCUGGACAACAGACGUCACGGCCAACCAGCUAGCAAUUACAGCGCUGCAACUAAAGAAAGGAAAAGGCCGUUACUUAGGUCGGGUCUGACGACUAACCCCUCACUCCAUUUCAGGCUUCAGAACCCCGCCCGCCCACGCUUCACAGUCACCCACUCACCCACUCAAUUGCCACAGCGGGUGUGA